AUGAGGGGACUCCUGCCGUUUUACCGUGCUCUGAACGCCCUGUGUAACCGACAAGUCAGGCGAAGAGCUGGAUUUGCCGGUUCUCAGUGCGGGUUUAGCGGAACUGUGUCUGAUAGCAAGGUACGAUUCGAACUGCAAAGCUGUUGCUUCCAAAUGAAUUCUGCACUGUCAAUUGAUACAUUGUAGCCAACGUUUCCUUGUAAUAGGAGGAAUACCAAAUAAUGUAGCAUUGCAGCGGUAUUUUUUGGGAUGCGCGCUUUGUGUCCCUAAAUGUUUUGUUUUUUCCCCCCAUUAGUUUUCAAAAUCGAAACAGGCACAUUUUUAUGUAUCCGAAUGUUACCGCCCCUAGGGGAACAUACUUGUGAGGGCAACUAGCCUAAAUGCAAGAUGUGUGGGUAUUUUCUUGAAACAAACAAAUGAAUAAAGACAUCCACAACCCAUAGUAAUUUUUCAUUUAAUGCCAUGCCACACCUCUGGAGAAUUAAACCUACGAUUGACAAAAUAUAGGUAAAUGUUGCACAUUUUAAUUGCGGUAACAAGGCCAGGAUAAUAAGCCAAUCAGAUUUUCCAUUAUAUGUCCAAACAACGUCCCCUUUGUUUAUGCCAAAUCGAGAUCUUGAGUCGAUAGGCCUAGGCUGAGAGUUUUUAGCCUAUAAUGUGGAUGCUUUAGCCUCUGUUGUUGCGUUCUGCUGUGUCAUUCCCAGGGGGGCUCGUCUGCCUUUGAUCACACAGUUGCACUGUUCUUAGCAGUCAAUUCUGCAUCACACACGUUUUUUUGUUUAAAUGUGGGUAGGGGCCAUUUGAUUAGGAAAAGAGAUUGCAGUUCCAUCACUAUCCCAUAUCAUCAACUCAUUCUGUAAUGUUGGCUACAAUGAAUUGAAUACGUUUUUUUCUCUCUCUCUCUAAAUAAUAGGCAUGUGUAUCCAUAUGGCAUAUUGGGCCUGUCAGUAAAGUGGCUUUGAUAAGACGAAAGGCCCAAUAAUCACAGGGCCUAUUAAUUUCUACCCUCACAUCACAUAUGUUUAUUUUCUCUUUAUGUGAGCUGCCAGCACAAUUCACAUUUCCUUCCACAUCUACCUAGAGGCUAGACUGUUGUAGCCUGAUCCACACCAAUAGCGAAACAGAUUGUAAACUUACGAGAUUUCAGGAUGGUCUUAGACUUUUGAGUAACACCCAGGAAAUAUAUGUGUGUUGUUACAUACAGAAACUAAAUAAUUACUAGCCUAGAUGCAUAUUUAAAACAACCACACGCAUGGUCCUGCAUCCUUUCUUGUCUGUCAACUCAGACCCAUGCUUUGGGGAUGUGGUUGGGUCUUAUACUGUUGAGUGUAAUAUUUGUAAUGAUGCAUGAUGUCAACAUUACAGUUUUAUGUCAUGUAGCGAUCUAGAAAGUGGAAUAUGAGUCACUCUCUCCCUAUCCCAUCCUCAGCCACAGCCACGCUUUGGCCUGCUGUUUGACAUCGAUGGCGUGCUUGUCCGAGGAAAGAUACCCAUCCCUGCUGCAAAAAAGGCAUUCCAAAAACUGGUAAACUCUCAGGGACAAUUUGUGGUGCCAGUUGUUUUUGUCACCAACGCAGGGAAUUGUAUGCGGCAGAUGAAAGCGGACCAGCUCUCACACAUCCUGGGAGUGCCUGUAAGUGUCUCACCUACUCACAGCUCUCUUCUGCCACACACAAUCUGUAAUGAUUAAGACAUAAUGUAAUUCUAGUCCCUGUGUGGGCAGUUAGCCAGAACAAUAUGUGACUUACUGCACUCAUGCUGUACAUGAUAAUGUGCUGCAUUGUCUGUUCGCUUUAAACGAGUUCUCAGCAACAUGAUGGAUGAAUAUUAGGACCAGCAGAGGUAGACAAUGACAUGCAUCGUACACAGCCUUUUGACAGGAAAUUAAAGCGUAUGUGUGUGUCUUGUUGCACAGAAAAUCAAACCAAUCAGGUCCUCUUGAAGAUAUUGCCUGCUGUAGGUCUGGCUUGGCCUAUCUGACCGGUGUUUUUGUUACCAGAUCACCAUGGACCAGGUGAUGAUGUCACACAGUCCACUGAGAAUGUUCAAGAAGUACCAUGACAAGUGUGUUCUGGUGUCAGGACAAGGACCCGUCCUGGAUAUUGCCAAAAAGUAUCCUUUUGAAAUACAGUAUGUAUUGUCAGACAUGAUCAAAGCAUCUACUUGACUUUUUGGCCUGAUAAGAGAAAAUAUCUUAGAUUUUACAUAGAAAUGAAGUAACAAGCUGAUUAUAAUGACUAUGCUAUACAUUGGUUGUGUAAUCCUUAAUCAUGUUAAGCUUGGGCUUCCAGAAUGUGGUCAGUAUCGACAUGUUGAGAGAGUCCUUUCCUCUGCUGGACAUGGUGGACCACAACAGACGGCCCAAACUGCCGGUGAGACUCGGGCCCGAUGUAUACAUUAAAAUCCAUAGACAGGAUAUAUUUCAGACACUUUCCUAAGCGCCUUCCAUUUCUUAUUUUCUUUUCAGUCCAGUCCUAUUGCCAACCUUCCCACAGUAGAAGGUGAGAGCUUGUAAAUGGAUUAUCUUCUUCUGAUUGAUCUUGUUGUUGAACUGUCACCGUAAUUGCAAUUGUAUAUCAUAUCCAUCAUAUUCCACUUAUUUUAUCUUUCUGGUCCAGCUGUUAUUCUGUUUGGGGAGCCCAUUCGAUGGGAGACCAACCUCCAGCUGAUAAUUGAUAUCCUGUUGACCAAUGGGAACCUGAGCGGAGCCCACCAGACCCAGAAGCUGCCCCACCUCCCCCUGCUGGCCUGCAACAUGGAUCUCAUGUGGAUGGCUGAGGCCCAGUCUCCACGGUAACCACAGUGAAUCAGUGCUGUUAUUGAAAUGUGGUGAAAAGGCAGGCAGAUAUCAAUAGGAAGAAAGACAUUUGUUUUUUUCACCAUAGAAUCUAUUAAUGUCCUGGAUGCAAAACGGGACUAAGAUCAUUGAAGUCUGGCCUUCCAGAAAACGGUUGAAUGAGCUUGAUUAGUUUAAUUGAUCAUGUUUUCAUUACAUGUUUGCUUGUUAAUAUGAUCUCAACUCCAGGUUUGGUCAUGGGACAUUCCUGGUGUGCCUGGAGAACAUCUACAAGAAGAUAACGGGUAAAGAGGUGAAGUACAAGGCUCUGAUGGGGAAGCCCAGUGAACUGACCUACCACUUUGCGGAGUACCUCAUCAGAGGCCAGGCUGUGGAGAGAAACUGGACACAGCCCAUCACCUCCCUCUAUGCUAUUGGGUAAGACCCCUGUCAUCAGACUGUUGACAGCAAAAAAGGUGGCAAUUUAUUUUACGUGAAAGAAUAUACUACUAGGUAAAAAAUGGGUAAUCACAUACUGAUAACAUAUCAUUAUCAAUACUUGUUUGUUUUUUGGGGAUUCAAAGCACAGCUAGAUUUAAUCUGGAAGCUAGAGUAGUUGUUAUAGGUGUGGGCUCUUAAUUUGAUCACUCUGUUGUGGCUGAGAAUUUUCCUGCGCCGCAGGAAAUGCAGAUGAGCUUAGAGAUUUACAUAAAUUCACUGCACUACACGGUUAUAUUAACAGUAUUUUACUUUUCAUAUAGCCUAAUUAUGGCUGGCUAAUAGCCUAAUCACAGAUCAAACCUUACAUCGGCGAAAAAGUGUGAAUGUUCAAAUCUUGUUGUUGCAGGAUUAUAUUGCUGCGACAAUACUGUACAAAUUAAGAUCCUGCACCUGUAUGUGCUGAUGUCCUUGAUGUGUGAUGUCAUUUCUGUACUACUUGAUUCCUCUCCUUGAUUUCCUUUCCUUUGUCUCUACUCCCUCAGGGAUAACCUGAUGACUGACAUCUAUGGGGCCAACCUCUACAGCUGUUACCUGGAGGAGAGGACCAGGAGGAAGAACUCCAAAACUGUCACCAAGAUGGCCACUGGCACGGGCUCCAGCGCAGCCCUGCCCCAGGACAAUGAGCAUGUUGAGAACACCUGGGAGAGCGAGCUGGCACCCCCCUCCGCCACCUCCUGCAAGUCCAUCCUGGUGUGCACUGGGGUGUACAACCCCCACACUUAUGCCAACCAGUGCAUCAAGGAGACUGUGUUUCACGGGCACCGUGACUUCCGCUUCGACCCGGCGCUGGUAGAGCCCGGGCACAUCGUGCAGGACGUGGCUGACGCCGUGGAGCUCAUCUUUGAGCAGGAGAAGUUUGUGCCUCAGUAAUGUUCUCAGAUUGGUGUCGUCAUGGAGACCUCCUCAGUAGAGGUCUCAGGUUGGCCUGUGCCGGCCAUAUAAUUAUAAUUGAUUAUAUUCCAAUUCUAUGGUUCUGGGUUUUAAAGGAGGGGGUUCUUCAAAAUUGAUACAGAGAAGACCCAACCAACUGAUCAAUAUCCAUCUGUCCAGUGUUGUGCAGAUUUGUUUUGCAUGAUACGAUGGACCAGGAGAUUCCCUUAGUCCUUAUCUGGGAAACACCACUUACUGAGUUACGCUGGACAGUGUUUACAACUUGGCAGGGCAUUGAAGGAACUUAAUAGAGGUCAUAUUCAAACUCAUAACAGUGUAAAGUAAUGUAGUGAGAUUGAACUCUUAUUUAUUCUGUUGUAUUGUUUUAUAGUGGGCUUAAAACGAUUUAAGUUCUGCACAAUUACCCGCCUUUAAGUAAUGGCAAGUAUUUUCUUAGUUGUGAUUAUGUACAAAGAUUAUGACAAUAUUUUAAAUUGUUAAUCUGAUUUAAGUGGUCUUAUGUAUCUUAAUGACUACAAUAAGUUAUACAUAUUUGUAUGAAGUCUAUGUAAUUCAUAUGUUUUCGAUUCCUUCUCAAACUGACAAUAAUACUGUCUACCAUACGUUUUGUCUGUUACAUCUAUGCAUGCAUUUCAUAAGAUAGAUUUCAUGCGUUAUACUGUAGAUAGAUGGUUCUAAGAUUAACUUAGCCU